UCAGGAUGCUGAACGCCCGAUUCUUGGUGCCCCGGCUCCUCUGCCUCCAGGGCAGGACCACCUCAUAUUCUACAGCGGCUGCUCUCCCAAACCCAAUCCCAAACCCAGAGAUUCGCUACAACCAGCUGUUCAUCAACAACGAGUGGCGUGAUGCGGUCAGCAAAAAGACCUUCCCCACGGUGAACCCCACUACAGGUGAGGUCAUUGGGCAUGUGGCUGAAGGUGACCGGGCAGAUGUGGAUCUGGCUGUGAGAGCAGCCCGAGAAGCCUUCCGCCUGGGGUCCCCGUGGCGCAGGAUGGAUGCCUCAGAGCGGGGCCGGCUGCUGAACCGCCUAGCUGAUCUCGUGGAACGGGAUCGAGUGUACUUGGCCUCACUGGAGACCCUGGAUAAUGGGAAACCUUUUCAGGAGUCUUAUGUCUUGGACCUGGAUGAAGUCAUCAAGGUAUACCGUUACUUUGCUGGCUGGGCUGACAAAUGGCAUGGUAAGACCAUCCCAAUGGACGGCGAACAUUUCUGCUUCACCCGCCAUGAGCCAGUGGGGGUCUGCGGCCAGAUAAUCCCUUGGAACUUCCCAUUGGUCAUGCAGGGUUGGAAGCUGGCCCCAGCACUCGCCACAGGCAACACCGUGGUCAUGAAGGUGGCAGAGCAAACCCCACUUUCUGCUCUGUACUUGGCCUCCCUCAUCAAGGAGGCGGGAUUUCCCCCAGGAGUGGUGAACAUCAUCACUGGCUAUGGCCCCACUGCAGGAGCAGCCAUUGCCCAGCACAUGGAUGUGGAUAAAGUCGCCUUCACGGGUUCCACCGAGGUGGGCCACCUGAUUCAGAAGGCCGCUGGUGAUUCCAACCUCAAGAGAGUCACCCUGGAGCUGGGUGGGAAAAGCCCCAGCAUUGUGCUGGCAGACGCUGACAUGGAUCACGCCGUAGACCAGUGUCACGAAGCCCUCUUCUUCAACAUGGGUCAGUGCUGCUGUGCAGGAUCCCGGACAUUCGUGGAAGAGUCCAUCUAUCAUGAAUUUCUCGAGAGAACUGUGGAGAAGGCCAAGAAGAGGAAAGUGGGGAACCCCUUUGAGUUGGACACUCAACAGGGACCUCAGGUGGACAAGGAGCAAUUUGAAAAGAUCCUGGGUUACAUCCGGCUUGGACAGAAGGAAGGGGCAAAGCUUCUCUGUGGUGGGGAGCGUUUCGGGGAGCGCGGCUUCUUCAUCAAGCCCACAGUCUUUGGGGACGUUCAGGAUGACAUGAGGAUCGCCAGGGAGGAGAUCUUUGGGCCUGUGCAGCCUCUGUUCAAGUUCAAGAAGAUCGAGGAAGUAAUCCAGAGAGCCAACAACACCAGGUACGGCCUGGCUGCGGCUGUGUUCACCCGAGACCUGGACAAGGCCUUAUACUUUUCCCAGGCCCUGCAAGCCGGGACCGUGUGGGUGAACACCUACAAUAUCGUCACCUGCCACACGCCAUUCGGAGGCUUUAAGGAAUCCGGCAAUGGCAGGGAGCUGGGGGAAGAUGGGCUUAAAGCCUACACGGAGGUGAAGACUGUCACCAUCAAGGUUUCUGAGAAGAAUUCCUGAGAUUGGCCACCUUGGAGGCCCAGCCCUGUCCUGCAGCUCCACGACAUCGAGCCAAAAUUUGAUUUCAGCCCGAGUUCCCAGUGAAGUGUUACAAGAAGUGUCAACUAGUAAAGUAGUCCAAUCAGAGCCACUCUAUUUAAAGCAGAGCUGGUGGCUGGGCUCAGAGUGCAGCCCAUCUCAUCCCUGGGUCCACCUCACUGAGGAGUUAUUGCCAGGGACCCUUAGGAGUUCCAGAAGGCGUGUUCCAAUCCAUUGACCGGCCAUGAAAAGGAAUGAUGGACUGGUCCAGGUGCAACUUGAACGAUCCUCGAAAUCAGAAUGUUAGUGAAGGACGCUGGCCUCAUGUAGAUCAGUGUUUGCAGGGACUCGGGGGGGGGGGGAAUAAGGGAACAACUGCUUGCAGAUAUGGGGCUCCUCUUGGGGAGGUUUUGAAAAUGUUACAGAAUUGGGCAAUGGGCACAGUUGAACAACUUUGCAAUUGUACUGAUCUACUACCAAAUUGUGCACUUAAUUAGGGUAUGGGAAUUAAUUUCAUUUUUAAAAUUAAAAUAAGCUCAGUGUGCCAUUUGCAAAUCUA